GGUGAGAGGUGGCUGACGGGAGCUGGCUGGGCUGAGGGCCGCCGGGCCGGCGCCCGCCGCGAGCCAUGGGGCUGCCGGCCGCGUAGGGGCCAUGCCGCCGGGGCCCCACGCCUGCCCCGCUCCGCGCCGGGAUGGUGAACCUGGCGGCUAUGGUAUGGCGCCGGCUUUUGCGGAAGAGGAGGAGAGGGCAGUGAGAGAUCGGAAUCUCCUCCAGGUCCAAGACCACGAUCAACCCAUCCCGUGGAAAGUACAGUUUAAUUUGGGCAAUAGUAGUCGGCCUAGCAACCAGUGCCGGAACUCCAUUCAGGGGAAACACCUCAUCACAGACGAACUGGGUUACGUCUGUGAGAGGAGAGACCUGCUGGUGAAUGGCUGCUGCAACGUCAACGCCCCUGGCACGAAGCAGCACUGCUGUGACGGCUGCCUGCCCAACGGCUGCUGUAGCGCCUACGAGUACUGUGUCUCCUGCUGCCUCCAGCCCAGCAAGCAACUCCUCCUGGAGCGCUUCCUCAACCGGGCAGCUGUGGCAUUCCAGAACCUCUUCAUGGCAGUCGAAGAUCACUUUGAAUUGUAUUUGGCUAAAUGCAGGACCUCAUCCCAGGUUAUAGAUGCCAGUUGCAGAGCCCCGGAAGGCGCACACAGGCCCAGCCUAGGUACGUUGUGA